CUCGUAGAAAUUCGCGAUCUCACCAAUCUUCUCAACUUUCACUCACGCGUCAUGGAGUACGCAACAGAACAAGCCCAGUUCCAACCAUGCCAAGCGCAUUUGCAACAAGUUGUGGGCACGAUGCACCAAAGAAGAUCGGCCAAUUAUAAACCUAGCAUUUGGAAUUACAAUUUCUUGCAGUCGCUUAGCAGCAAACAUGACCUCAAAGAAGGAAUUAAAGAACGGAUGGAAGGGCUCAUGGAGGAAGUAAAGCGAAUGUUAUCGGAAGUAGUCAAUUCACUUGCCAAGUUAGAGUUAAUUGACAUCAUGACCAAACUGGGGUUGUCCAAUCUUUUUGAAAAUGAAAUGAAAGAAGCUCUUGAAACAGUUGCAUCCAUCAACAAUGGUGUUUUCACUAUGGAAGAACAUCUCUAUGCCAAUGCACUUCGGUUUAGACUCCUUAGACAACAUGGCCAUAUCAUUUCGCAAAAUGAAUUAAGGAGCUUCAAAGAAGGAAGCAUUUUAUUCAACAGAAGCUAUUGCGAAGAUGUUGAAGCUAUGAUAGAGCUUCUUGAGGCUUCACAUCUGGCUUUGGAAGGUGAAAACAUUUUGCACGAAGCGAAAACCUUCUCAACUGGGAUACUUCGCAAGAGAGUCUCCAGUUUGGACGGUCGGCUCUUUAAACGCGCUGUACACGCUUUGGAGCUUCCGAUGCAUUGGAGGGUCCAGUGGUUUGACAUCAAAUGGCAAAUAAGCUUGUACGAGCAACGGGAGGACAAGCAAAGCAAUCUGCUUGAGCUUGCCAAGCUCAAUUUCAACACGGUCCAAGCCACACACCAAAGAGAUCUUGCAGAGAUAUCCAGAUGGUGGAGGGAUCUGGGACUUAUGGAGCACGUGGAGUUCACGAGGGAUCGGCUGGUCGAGAGUUUCUUGUGUGCCCUUGGACUCUCUCAGGAACCACGGCUCAGCUCGCUCCGCAAAUCUCUCACCAAAGUCGUCAUCUUGAUACUGGUGAUCGACGAUGUCUACGACCUUUAUGGUUCGUUGGAAGAGUUGGAAUGCUUUACCAGCGCCAUUACCAGGCGGGACUCGGAGCAGAUUCAACAGCUUCCCGAGUGCAUGAAGGUGUGUUUCCGAGCGCUUAACGAUGUUAUUCACGAGAUCGCUUAUGAUAUUGGCAAAGAUGAAGAUUGGCAUCGAGUGCUACCACAUCUCGCGAAAGCCUGGGCAGACUUUUGCAAAGCCCUACUUACUGAAGCAAAGUGGGACAACAUGGGCUACACACCAUCGCUGGAAGAGUACUUGAGCAAUGCGUGGACAUCAUCUUCAGGACCACUGAUCAUGUCUCACGCUAGUUUCUUUGUUGGACAUAUGAAUUUGGAGGAUGUAGCAGAUUUGCUGGAGAGAAACAAGGAUCUGAUUUAUAAUGUGUCCAUGAUAAUUAGACUCUGCAACGACCUUGGAACGUCAACGGCCGAAAGAGACAGAGGAGAUGCUCCAUCGUCGGUGGUGUGUUACAUGCGAGAAGCGAAUGUUCCGGAAGACAUCGCUAGGAAGCACAUCAAGGAAUUGAUAAACCAGGAAUGGAAAAGCAUCAAUGCUUAUUGCUUCAGCAAUGCCGAGACGCCCUUUGUCCGAACCUUCAUUGAUGUCACCGUGAACGCGGCUCGCGUUGCGCAUAUGCUUUACCAGUUCGGAGAUGGGUUUGGCGUCCAGGACGGUGAUAUUAGGCGGCAAAUUUUAUCUGCAGUGAUCCACCCUCUCGCUCUUAACUGAGAUAGCGCAAGUGUAAUCACAAAGCAAGUGCGUAAGCUAGACUAGCUGCUGCCGGUCGAAGGAUUUGAGUACUCCACGCAAAUUGUAUCCCAUGCUGCAUAUCGCACAAAGUAACCAUGUGCGUAGUUGGCCUGAUCCACAUAUAUCGCACUAUGAAAAGAAAUACUCGAGAUCGUAAUAAUCUGACCCUUCUCAUCUUAUGCAACGUUGAAUGUUGUAAAUGGCCAGUAAUGGUACAUUAUUUUUUUGCUAGGAUAACAGUCUUUGGUUUACUUCGAAAAUAAUAACUUGUUGUGAGCUAUAAAUAUUUGAUGGAGUGAAUUUUACAACAUUUUAUAAUGA